GACUCCAGUUUCAAGACCCAUUAUGUUUAAACUGUAAUCAGUAUAAAGUUAUUAAAUUUGCCCUCUUUUUUUUAUAUUAAGUCUUCCAAGUUCAGCCUGUGUUUUACACUCUAUGCACAUCUCCGUUUGGACCAGUCACAUUCUAGUGCUUCAGAGUCACACGGGACUUGUGGCCACAUUUUGAACAGCACAGCUUUAGGCCCCUUAUCUGAGCCUACCUUUCCUCUCCCUUGAACUGAACUUGAGCUUACAUUUCCAGCUUUGAGUUUUCUCAUUGUUUCUAGAACUUGUCCUGCCCCCGCCCCUGCCAUCUUUUGAACUUGGCUACAUGUUAAAAAUGAUCUUUUGUCAUAUUUCUUGUAUCUAUAGCUGAAGAGAGGAGUCCUGGUGGCACAACAGUUAAGCUCUUGGCUGCUAACCAAAAGGUUGGUGGUGCGAACCCACCCAGUGGCUCCAAGGGAGAAAGACCUGGCAAUCUGCUCUCAUAAAGAUUAUAGCCCAAGAAAGCCUAUGGGGCAGUUCUGCUCUGUCACGUGGGGUCACCAUGAAUUAGAAUCAACUUGACGGCUCUUGACAGCAAUAUAGUUGGAGUUCGGUCCACCAUGUUGUUGGAGGUCCUUUUGUUUAUUUCUUCCUAUAACCUUAUGAUGGAGCUAGUCUUCUACCCACUUUACAGGUGAAGAAACUGACACUCAGAACAUCAGUUACUUGUACCAGGUUAUGUGGCUAUUAAGUGGCAGAGAACGGACUCAAACACAAAUCAGUUUGAAUUCAAGUCCAUGCUCUGCCUGCCAUGCUAUAGUGCUAUGUCAUCGUUUUGAUUCCUCCUUGUUCAUUUUUAGGCAUCAGGUACCAUCCAGGGCUCUCUCCAUCUCUCCUCCUCAAGCGACCCUGCCCAUCUAUAGAGCAGCUCUUGGCCAAGACCCAGCAGCAGAGAGCCAUGGAGCAGUACAGCCUUGGGGAUGAGGGUGCCCUUCCGUCCGAGAUGCACCUCCCUUCUUUCUCAGAGAGCCAGGGGCUCAACUGCAGUGACACCCUCAACCGGGACCUGGGUCCCAACACACGAGACUUGCUCUAUGCCGGCCUGAGUGAUCUGGGUCUGGACCCCAGCCUGCCGGCGCCUGAUGUGCCCAGUGAGGUGCUUGAGGACAACUUGGACACGCUGUCCCUUUACUCGGGAAAGGACAGCGAUUCUGUGAAGCUGCUGGAGGAGUACACAGACCCAGAGUCGCAGACUUCCUUACAAGACCUGGGGCUAGGCGCGCUUAAGGUGCCUAAAGAGGCUGACGAAGGAGGCAGGGCCACCUCUGGGAGUGCCAGGAGAGGAAAGCGGCAGCACAGCUCCCCUCAAAACCCACUCCUGGACUGCAGCCUCUGUGGGAAGGUGUUCAGCAGCGCCAGUUCUCUUAGCAAGCACUACCUGACGCACAGCCAGGAAAGGAAACACGUUUGCAAAAUCUGCAGCAAGGCCUUUAAGCGUCAGGACCACCUGACAGGGCACAUGCUCACCCACCAGAAGACCAAACCCUUCGUGUGCAUCGAGCAGGGCUGCAGCAAGAGCUACUGCGACUACCGCUCACUGCGCCGCCACUAUGAGGUCCAGCACGGCCUGUGCAUCCUGAAGGAGGCCCCCCCGGAAGAGGAGUCCUGCGGGGACUCCCCCCAUGCCCACGAGACGACCAGCCAGCCAGUGGCCAGCGGCCUGCGGGCCCCAGUGCCCCCAGAAGCCAGGUCCCCAGGCUCCCUGCUGCCCAGCCGGGACCUCCUGCGCUGCAUUGUGAGCAGCAUCGUGCACCAGAAGAUGCCGGCUCCCGGUCCAGCCCCGGGGGUGCCCUCAGACCCCGAGGCGAGGGGUGCGGCCUGCCUCUGCCCAGCCUCUGUGGGCUCCUCUGCCUGCACCUUGGCGAACACCCUGGCAGCGAGCGCCCCAGCCGGCCCGGGCACUGAGGGUCCUGAGGAGCCUCAUCCCCUGCGCAAGGAGCCAGUCGGUGCUGAUGGAUUCACCAGCAUCCAGCCAAAGGUUGGGGAGAAUGGGGCCCCUGAUGCCCCCGAGGCGGAGCUGCCUGUCCUCCAGCUCCCAGCCACCCUGGAGGGCUGGCCUGAUGGCGGGCCCCUACCUGCUUGCCUGCCUCUUUUCCGUGGCCAGACCAUCCCUGCCAGCUCCCAGCCGUCUGGGCCCAACUUUCAGUGGCUUCGGAACCUGCCAGGCUGCCCCAAGAGCAAAGGCAACAACAUGUUCGUGAUGCACAAGCCCCCCACGGCGCUGUCCCGGGAGAGCGCAGAGUCCAGCCCGGGGCCCAGCGGCGCUUCCCCUGGGAUGGAAGCCUCGUCCAGUUCAGGCGCCAGCUUGGAGGACUUGCUACCCUUCCCUGCUGCGCCCCUGAAGGCUCUGGGGGAGGCGUCCGGUGAUGCCAGAGGUACCAGUGGGGAAGACGACGCCUGGGCCUCCAAGAAGAGCAAAUUUGAGGAUGAUUCCUUGUCGUGGCAGAGCUCCGGGGAUCCCGGCCCCCAGGACACCCAGAAAGCAAGCGGGCUCCCUGCAGAGGCCACACCGCUCUUCCGGCAGCUCUUCCUGAAGUCGCAGGAGUCCCUGGUGAGCCACGAGCAGAUGCAGGUGUUCCAGAUGGUCACCAAGUCUCAGCGCAUCUUCUCCCGCGCCCAGGUGGCUGCUGCCCAGCUCCCCGGGCCCGAGGCCCAGCCGGCAGCCCUGAAGCCGCUGCCAGGGCCAUGGCCGCAGCAGUCCCUGCCACUGGCACCCGCUGUGGACUCUCUGCAUGCUGGUCCUGGGCACUCGGAACCAGAGGGGUCCCCCGCCCGCAGGAGGAAGUCCACAGCCACACUUCCCCGCGAGGCCUCCCCGGGCAGUGCGCGACGGGAGGGGAAGGGAGGACGGAAAGCGGCCACCCCUCAGCCAUCUCUCACGUCCUCUGCUCUGGACCCUCCUGCUAACCCAGAUGUCUCUUCUCUGGCCAAGCAGCUGCGAUCUGCAAAAGGGGCCUUGGAAAUGGGGGACAUCUUCUCCCCCGCAGGCCAGAGGCAGAGCCAGCUGGGGGGCGAUGAGGCACCUGGUGCCCAGCUCCCCGGGAAGCAGACCCAGACUGAGAAUGGCACACUGUUAGGAGCCUCGAAAGGUGACAAGGCCCUACCCUGCUCCCGGGGUACGGGCUACAGGCUCUUCUCGGGCAACCCCAGGGGCCAGCGCUUCUCUGGCUUCCGGAAGGAGAAGGUGAAAAUGGAUAUGUGCUGUGCGGCAUCGCCGAGCCAGGUAGCCAUGGCCUCCUUCUCAUCGUCCGGGCCUACGGUGGACCCCCCUCGGGACACCAAAUCCAAGCUGACCAUAUUCAACAGAAUCCAGGGUGGAAAUAUCUACAGGCUCCCUCAUCCGGUGAAGGACGAGAAUGUGGUGGGUGAAUGUAACCAGCAAAACGGGAGUCCUGCCGACUGGACAGAGCCAAGGAACACUUACGUCUGUAAGAACUGCAGCCAGAUGUUUUACACCGAGAAGGGCCUGAGCAGCCACAUGUGUUUCCACAGUGACCAGUGGCCAUCACCACGUGGGAAGCAAGAGCAACAGGUGUUUGCCUCAGAGUUUUGCAAGCCACUGAGACAGGUGCUGAGGCCAGAUGAGGAUCAUCAGAGCCCCCCAGGAGCCAAGAAGCCCGUGGACAAUGCAGCGACAGCCGCUGUGGUGAUCCCCGUGUCAGUACCUGUGGCCUCAGGGACACGGCUCCCAGGGAGCACGGCUAAGGGACAAGAGAAAGAUGAGGAAGAGAGAGACAGCAAGGAGAGCAGCCAACACAGAAAGCGGAAGAAGCGCCCCCAGCCCAAGGCACUCUUCAUCCCUCCUCCACCAUCCACAUUUGGGGAGCCAGGCUCUGGAGGGUACCACCAGAGCUGCCUACGGUCCCCCGUGUUCCUGGUGGACCAGCUCCUGAAGGGCUUGUUCCAGUGCUCCCCCUACACACCGCCCCCGAUGCUCAGCCCCAUCCGGGAGGGCUCGGGGCUGUACUUCAACACCCUCUGUUCCAGGGCCACGCAGGCCGGCCCCGACAAGCUUUUCAGCACUGUGCUUGAUCCAGUGGAUGGUUCUUUUGGCAUCUGUGUGGUGAAGGACGACACCAAGAUCAGCAUUGAACCACACAUCAACAUAGGAAGCCGGUUUCAGGCUGAUAUUCCGGAGCUCCAGGAGAGGUCUCUGGCUGUUGCUGAUGAACACCUAGCCGCUCUGGUCUGGAAGCCGUGGGGAGACGUGAUGACCAACCUGGAAACGCAGGAUCGAGUGACAGAGCUCUGCAACGUGGCUUGCUCCAGCGUGAUGCCAGGAGGGGGCACGAACCUGGAACUUGCGCUGCACUGCCUGCACGAGGCCCAGGGCAACGUCCAGAUUGCCCUGGAGAUGCUCCUGCUCAGGGGACCCCAGAAGUCGCAGACUCAUCCGCUCGCUGACUAUCGUUACACAGGUUCGGACAUCUGGACCCCCAUGGAGAAGAGACUGUUUAAGAAGGCGUUCUGUGCCCAUAAGAAGGACUUCUUGUUGAUACACAAGACGAUCCAGACAAAGACAGUCUCACAGUGUAUUGAGUAUUAUUACAUCUGGAAAAAGAUGAUCAAGUUUGACUGCGGCCGAGCCCCAGGGCUAGAGAAGAGGGUCAAAAGGGAACCAGAGGAGGUAGAGAGGACAGAAGAGAAGGUCACUUGCAGCCCUCGGGAGAGAUCCAGCCACCGUCCAACUCCCGAGUUAAAGUUAAAGACCAAGAGUUACAGGAGGGAGUCCAUCCUCAACUCCAGUCCCAACACAGGCCCCAAGAGGACCCCCGAGCCACCAGGGAGUGUGGAGAGCCAGGGCGUCUUCCCAUGCAGAGAGUGCGAGAGGGUGUUCGACAAGAUCAAGAGUCGGAAUGCCCACAUGAAGCGGCACCGGCUGCAGGAUCACAUGGAGCCCAUGGUCAGGGUGAAGUGGCCAGUGAAGCCCUUCCAGCUGAAGGAGGAGGAAGAGGAGGAAGAGAUAGGGGCUGACAUUGGCCCCCUGCAGUGGUGAGGCCAGGCUGGGCGGCCAGGCCCCACAAGCUCUCCAGGCUCCGUCCAGGGAAGACAUUGUCCCGGUGCUGAGGGUGCCCUCCUGCCUUUGCUUCACUCACAGACUGCCCAAACAGCAAACACAAGGGGCAUCCACCUGCACGCAGGCACGAGAGGUGCACAGUUGUUGACACCUGUGCCACCCCAUCCUCUGAGUGCCAGAGGCCUAUUCUCCUUGUUCACCGUCUCUUCUCCCCUCUCUCUGUCCCACCUCUUCUAGAACUUGAAGGCGGGGAGGGAGAAAAUUAGAUCUGCGUUACACUUCAGCCUUCGCCUCAGGUUCGGGGCUUGGCUGUGUGUGUUAGGUGAGGCGGACACGUAGAGAAUCAGUGGGAAGUCCCUUCAGACCCGGCUUGUUGGGCCUCCCUCACCAGGGCAGGGCUCCCUACAUUCCGGAUUCCACCCUCAUCUCCCAGUGACUCGUACAUUGUUAGGUCGUUGUUGUUUUUUUUUUUUUUUUG